GAGGAGGAUAUGCUUAUUAUUGACUGCAGGAGGAGUGAUAGCAAGGAACAGGUUGGUUUAGAAGACGAUUAAAAGCGCCACCUUGGUCUCCAUAAAUGGGGCGUUUUACCACUUCAAUACUUUUGUUUUCAGUGCUAUUUAUCUAGCUGGGACAGACCUGCUGCCAGAGAGUUUCCCAUAGCGACCCAGGGAGUGGACCCGGAAGUUUGACCUCCUUUCUCUCCGUGUCCAGAAAAGUCCCAUCCAGCUCCUCGCCAUGUCUGCUCCUGGUUACCCAGGCUCUUACAGCCAGCCAUCCUACCCAAUGCCUCAGCAAGGCGGCCAGUCCGUAGCCCCUUAUCCAGUUCCUCAGGGCGGGUACGGAGACCCCAGCCAAGCCCCUCCACCAGGCUUCAACGUGGGCUACAGUCCAGCACAAGCUCCUGUCAUGUAUCAGCCUGGUGCGGUUGGCCCUGGCCCAGUUCCGGGACCAGAGUAUGGUGCCCCUCAGGGAGGGAUCGCUCCGGCUCCAGCUGUGGUUCCUGUUGGUGUCCCACCAGGGCUCGAGUACCUCACACAGAUUGACCAGAUCCUGAUCCAUCAAAAAGUGGAACUCCUAGAAGCCAUAAUCGGGUUUGAGACCAACAACCAGUACGAGAUAAAGAACAGUCUUGGCCAAAAGAUCUACAAGGCCAAAGAGAAGAACGACUGCUGCACCAGGAACUGCUGCGGCUCUCUGCGCAGCUUUGACAUGAAGAUAAAGGACAACAUGGACAGGGAGGUCAUCCGUCUCAUACGGCCUUUCCGCUGUGUCUCCUGCUGGUGUCCCUGCUGCCUGCAAGAGAUGGAGGUCCAGGCACCACCAGGCACCACCAUAGGCUAUGUCAAACAGGACUGGCACCCUUGCCUGCCUAAGUUUUCCAUCCAGGGAGCCAACAAGGAGACCCUGAUGAAACUGGAGGGGCCCUGCUUUGCUUGCAACUGCUGUGGGGAUGUCAACUUUGAGCUGAAGAGCAAAGAUGGUGAAGCGCCCAUUGGUCGCAUCAGCAAGCAGUGGAGCGGCCUUUUGAAGGAAGUCUUCACCGACACGGACAACUUUGGCAUCCAGUUCCCGCUGGACCUGGACGUGAAGAUGAAAGCUGUGCUCAUGGGAGCCUGCUUCCUCAUUGAUUUCAUGUUCUUCGAAAAGGUCGGGGACGCCAACCAGCGCAGCACGGUGUUUUCAUAACCGAGGGGAAAACAACCGCUUUAGAGCAAGUGCCAGACAUAUAUUCUCUUUGUGUACUGUACUUUGUUUUUUAAAAUCCUGCCUUCACCUAAUUCCAGCAAAAAUGGCGUCAAUCCCAGGAUUAUUUUAUACACACAGAGCAAAAUGAGCCGAUAAACUCUUGAUUCCAGGAUUGUUUUUGAUAUCUAUCCAAACUUAUUUAGUGAUACCUGCUGCCGUGUUGCCGAGGCCUUUUUUCAACGCCAUGCAGUCUGUAGUUUAACUAUUUGAAGUGGGUGAAUGCACCACCAUAUGAGAUUUAGUACCUGCCAAAGAAAGUCAACAUCACCCCUCAGUGUCUUUUUCAGUGCCCACCAAUGGAAAUAGGAGUGGAUUUCCACACAGUUAUAUGCUUCAUCUAUUAUUAGCACACUCUUAUAGGUGUAGUGCAAUACUGGUGUGCAUCUAGGCUAGGGGAUCGUCUGGAAUUGUUAGCCAUGCUAGCAGAUCCUUUGAGUUUAGUGCAAACUAACAAUUAUGCAUGAUAUUAUUAUGCAAACAAGCUAAAUUAAGAUGCCUAACAUGGUAAAAAAACAAACAGCUGAACUUUUAAUCUAUACAUAACACAAGAGUUACAGUACAUGGAACCUAAACAUUUGCCACAGUCCUUUUUUUAGCUUGACUAGGGAAGUGGUGGUUGGGUCAGCAAGAGUUGUGAACAUGGGAGUUGACACAUGCUGAGCCUAUUUACCAAAGUGCUCUUUCCUCUACCUCUCAGCAGCCUUUCUCUUCCUCAAAGCCCUCUGUCUUAAACCCUAGUAACAACCCCGUAGCAUAGACUAUAGUGUAAAUGCUCCCAUGGCCCCACUGUAGUUUAUUGGUUGCCAUGGAGACUGGCUUCACCUCCAAACCUGGCCCUCCAAUUCCUCCAGGUUCCAGUGCCUUGAACAUGUGCCAGGGUAUUGUUUUAGGCGAGAGAGUGAGUCUCAGGUUAAGGUUAAGAGGAGGAAUUAUUAAAGUAAAGGAAUAGAAAGAAAA